UCCGUCCCACUUCCCUCCAUCAUCUCUCCAUCACCACCAUCAUCCUCCGGAGGAAUGACGAGGUCUGGAUGAAUCUGCUCUUCCCUCCAUCUCCUCCAUCGUUCCCUCCAUCUCCUCCAUCAUCUCUCCAUCAUCUCUCCAUCUCCACCUUCGUCCUACGGAGACGAGGAUGACGAGGUCUGGAUGAAUCUGCUCGGCGUUCCCCGCUCGGGUCCCUGCUGUCGUCCAGCCGGACGUCUGGAACGUCUGGAACGUCUGGAACGUCUGGAACUCCGUCUGGAACGUCGUCUGGAACUACGGGAACCACAGGAAGCUCUGGAUUAACCCCUGGAACCUCAGGAACCUCUGGAUUAACCUCUGGAACCUCUAAUGUCUGGGACCAGGGGAAUACCGGGAUUAACGUCUGGAAUAACGGGAAUAACAGGAAACUGUGGAAUAACUGGAAUCAGGAUGGAGCUGCUGAUGGACCUGAUGGUCCUGGUGCUGAUGCUGCCGGGAGUCUGGACUCUGGAAGAAGUUCUGAUGGAUUCAACGACGGCGACGGCAGAACUGGGUUGGACCAUCUACCCGUCAGUGGGGUGGGAGGAGGUCAGCGGCUACGAUGAACACAUGAACACCAUCCGGACCUACCAGGUGUGUAACGUGUUCGACAGCAGCCAGAACAACUGGAUCCGGACCAAGCACAUCCUCCGCCGCGGCGCCCAGCGGAUCCACGUCCAGAUGAAGUUCUCCGUCCGGGACUGCAGCUCCAUCCCCAACGUUCCCGGUUCCUGCAAGGAAACCUUCAACCUGUUCUACUACGAGUCCGACGCCGACGUGGCCGCCGGGAAUUUCCCGGCCUGGAUGGAGAACCCCUGGGUGAAGGUGGACACGAUCGCGGCCGACGAGAGCUUCUCCCGCGUGGACCUCGGCGGCCGCGUGGUGAAAAUCAACAGCGAGGUUCGGAGUUUCGGGCCGGUUUCCCGCCGGGGCUUCUACCUGGCGUUCCAGGACUACGGCGCCUGCAUGUCGCUGGUCGCCGUGCGGGUGUUCUACCGGAAAUGUCCCACCGUGACCAGGAACGGCGCCGUGUUCCCGGAGACGCUGUCCGGGGCGGAGAGCGCCUCCCUGGUGGCGGCCCGGGGGAACUGCGUCCCCAACGGGGAGGAGGUGGACGUUCCCAUCAAGCUGUACUGCAACGGAGACGGGGAGUGGAUGGUUCCCAUCGGACGCUGCCUGUGCAAGGCCGGGUACGAGGCCCUGGAGAACGGGACCGUCUGUAAAGCCUGCGUGUCCGGGUUCUUCAAGUCCUCCCAGGGAGAUCAUCUGUGUCUUCAGUGUCCCGUCAACAGCAGAACCACUGGGGAAGCAGCGACGAGCUGCGUGUGUCGUAGCGGCUACUACCGCGCCGGCGCUGACCCGCCGCAGAUGCCCUGCACCACGGUUCCUUCGGCUCCGCAGAGCGUCAUCUCCAUCGUGAACGAGACGUCUCUGCGUCUGGAGUGGAGCGCGCCGCAGGAGGGCGGCGGCCGCGACGAUGUCGUCUACAACAUCGUGUGUAAGAGCUGCGGCGGCGGCCGCGGCGGCUGCACACGCUGCGGCGACAACGUGCAGUUCUCGCCGCGGCAGCUGGGACUGGUGGACGCCCGCGUGGACAUCAGCGACCUGCUCGCCCACACCAAGUACACCUUCGAGAUCCAGGCCGUCAACGGCGUGUCGGAGCAGAGCGCCUUCUCACCGGCGUUCACGUCCGUCAACAUCACCACCAACCAGGCCGCUCCCUCCAGCGUCUCCAUCAUCCACCAGGUCAGCAGAACUCCCAGCAGCAUCACGUUGUCGUGGUCUCAGCCGGACCAGCCCAACGGAGUCAUCCUGGACUACGAGCUGCAGUACUACGAGAAGAACCAGGCCGAGUGGAACUCGUCCCUCACCAGGAGUCAGACCAACACGGCCGUGAUCCCGGGCCUGAAACCCGGAACCAUCUACGUGUUCCAGGUCCGAGCCCGGACCGUCGCCGGGUUCGGACGCUUCAGCGGGAAAAUGUAUUUCCAGACGAUGACGGACGAGGAAUAUAAGUCCAGUUUCCAGGAGAAACUUCCUCUCAUCAUCGGUUCAUCAGCCGCCGGAGUCGUCUUCAUCAUCGCCAUCACCGUCAUCAUCAUCGUCUGUCGCAGCAGGAGGAAUCCGGAGCGACCGGAGUCUGAAUACACGGAUAAACUGCAGCAUUACACCAGCGGCCACAAAGUGUCUCCAGGGAUGAAGAUCUACAUCGAUCCUUUCACCUAUGAAGAUCCCAACGAAGCCGUCCGGGAGUUCGCCAAGGAGAUCGACAUGUCCUGCGUCAAGAUAGAGCAAGUGAUCGGAGCAGGAGAGUUUGGCGAGGUGUGCAGCGGGAACCUCCGGCUGCCCGGGAAGAGGGAGAUCCUGGUGGCCAUCAAGGCCCUGAAGGCCGGGUACACGGAGCGGCAGCGCCGGGACUUCCUGGGCGAGGCCUCCAUCAUGGGCCAGUUCGACCACCCCAACAUCAUCCACCUGGAGGGCGUGGUGACCAAGAGCAGCCCCGUCAUGAUCGUCACGGAGUUCAUGGAGAACGGGUCCCUGGACUCCUUCCUCAGGCAAAACGACGGGCAGUUCUCGGUCAUCCAGCUGGUGGGGAUGCUGCGCGGCAUCGCGUCGGGGAUGAAGUAUUUGUGCGACAUGAACUACGUCCACCGAGACCUGGCGGCCAGAAACAUCCUGGUCAACUCCAACCUGGUGUCCAAGGUGUCCGACUUCGGCCUGUCCCGGUUCCUGGAGGACGACACGUCGGACCCCACGUACACCAGCGCUCUGGGGGGGAAGAUCCCGAUCCGAUGGACGGCUCCAGAGGCGAUCCAGUACAGGAAGUUCACGUCGUCCAGCGACUGCUGGAGUUACGGAAUCGUGAUGUGGGAGGUGACGUCGUACGGAGAACGGCCGUACUGGGACAUGAGCAACCAGGACGUGAUUAACGCGAUAGAGCAGGACUACCGUCUCCCUCCGCCCAUGGACUGUCCCAGCGCUCUCCACCAGCUGAUGCUGGACUGCUGGCAGAAGGAGAGGAACAACCGGCCCAAGUUCAGCCAGAUCGUAGGAACUCUGGACAAGAUGAUCCGUAACCCCAGCACGCUGAAGGCCACCACGCCGCCCUCGUCCAGCGUCCACCUCCCCCUCCUGGGCCGGACCUCGCCAGACUUCUCCUCGUUCAGUUCGGUGGACGACUGGCUGGACGCCAUCAAGAUGGGCCAGUACAAGGAAAGCUUCGCUAGCGAGGAAUUCAGCAGCUUCGAGGUCGUGUCGCAGAUGACCACGGAGGACAUCCUGCGGGCCGGAGUGACGCUGGCCGGACACCAGAAGAAAAUCCUGAACAGCAUCCAGUCCAUGAGAGCUCAGAUGAACCAGAUCACGUCUGUGGAGGUGUGAACCUCUAAAAACCAUCCCGGGAACCUCUAAACCGUCCCAGGAACCUCUGAGGAACCUCUAAAAACCAUCCCAGGAACCUCUAAAAAACCAUCCCGGGAACCUCUAAACCGUCCCAGGAACCUCUAAACCAUCCCAGGAACCUCUAAAAUCCAUCCUGGGAACCUCUAAACCGUCCCAGGAACCUCUAAACUGUCCCAGGAACCUCUAAACCAUCCCAGGAACCUCUGAGGAACCUCUAAAAACCAUCCCAGGAACCUCUAAACCAUCCCAGGAACCUCUAAACCGUCCCAGGAACCUCUAAACCAUCCCGGGAACCUCUAAACCGUCCCAGGAACCUCUAAACCAUCCCGGGAACCUCUGAGCAGCCUCGACGACGACUUGCACACAGACUUGGACUCCGAUCCUCCCUCAGGUCCAACCCGACCCUCAACCCCCACGAGGCUCCUGCCGGGCCCUCCCAGCGAGAACCAGUUCCAGCUAGAACCAGUUCCAGCUAGAACCACUUCCAGCUAGAACCACUUCCAGCUAGAACCAGUUCAGCCGCUCAGAAGGUUCUGGACGCGGUUCUUCUUCAGGGGGUUUGACACCAGAACUGGUACGACGUCAGCAGCAGAAUCAGGACCGGCCUCCACCGCCAUCUCACACCCAUGUGACCUCCAUGUGACCUCCAUGUGACCUCCAUGUGACCUCCAUGUGACCUCCGUCUCGGUGCUACUGACCACAGAUUCCCCUCAGACCCGUUUCCAAGUAUCAGAAACGCUGGUGUUUUCCUGCGUUUUGUUCGUUCGUUUACACGAAAACGAAGCUCAAAGUCUCCAAAAACCAUCAUUUAUGAAAACUCCGGCCAAAGUGUAGAUUUUUCAAACCUCCGUCUUCACGUUUGCUUGUAAACGGAGAGAAACGGACAUUUAGGCUUCAGAACGUCACAUUAUGAGACAGAAACGUCACCAGCGUCAUGAGUGACACCUGUGGUUACAAUUAGUUUGUAACCGUCAAUAUUUUCUUGUAUUUUACCUGUUUUAUAUUCUAACGUCACACUUAAAAGUAACUCCACUUCUCUGUCACUCCAAACCAAAGACUCUGGUUCAUCUUGGAAGUAACUGGAAGUUCCUCGUGUCAUUUGUUGAUGUUUUUUUCCAGGAUUCUGAUUGGCUAGCAUGACUUUAUCUUCUCGUUACACUGCCCCCUGUAGGUUUGGCUGCUCAUAGCACCUUAACAGAUAUUUAUGCAGGUUCCUGGAAAUGAUGGCAUUUUUAGAAACGUAGGGGGGGAAAUAUCUGUUUUUGUAAAUACCAGCUACGUGGAAACGUGGCCUGAGUUUCAGUGUAUUCGUCUAAACCUCCUCCCUCACGGUUGAUUCCCAGUAGGGUUGAUUCCCAGCAGGAUUGAUUCCCAGCAGGAUUGAUUCCCAGUAGGGUUGAUUUCCAGCAGGGUUGAUUUCCAGCAGGGUUGAUUCCCAGCAGGGUUGAUUCCCAGCAGGGUUGAUUCCCAGCAGGGUUGAUUCCCAGUAGGGUUGAUUCCCAGCAGGGUUGAUUUCCAGCAGGGUUGAUUCCCAGCAGGGUUGAUUCCCAGUAGGGUUGAUUCCCAGCAGGGUUGAUUCCGAGCACGGUUGAUUCCCAGCAGGGUUGAUUCCCAGCAGAUUCCCAGUAGGGUUGAUUCCCAGCAGGGUUGAUUCCCAGCAGGGUUGAUUCCCAGCAGGGUUGAUUCCCAGCGGGGUUGAUUCCCAGCACGGUUGAUUCCCAGCAGGGUUGAUUCCCAGUAGAGUUGAUUCCCAGUAGGGUUGAUUCCCAGCAGGGUUGAUUCCCAGUAGAGUUGAUUCCCAGCAGGGUUGAUUCCCAGCAGGGUUUGAUUCCCAGUAGGGUUGAUUCCCAGCAGAUUCCCAGCAGGGUUGAUUCCCAGUACAGUUGAUUCCCAGUAGGGUUGAUUCCCAGCAGGGUUGAUUCCCAGCAGGGUUGAUUCCCAGCAGGGUUGAUUCCCAGUAGGGUUGAUUCCCAGCAGGGUUGAUUCCCAGCAGAGUUGAUUCCCAGUAGGGUUGAUUCCCAGCAGGGUUGAUUCCCAGCAGGAUUGAUUCUCAGCAGAUUCUGAGCCGUCCGGAGGAGCCACUCCUCCUCCCUGUGCAUCCUAUGGAUGUUUUCUUCUUCUUUCCUUCUUGUUUCCUUCUCGUUUUCUUCUUGUUUGAUGAUUGGGAGUCUGUUUGACCCCUGAGUACCUCACUUCCUGUCCUGAACGGUUUCACGUGUCCCUCGUCCCCCGGCUGGACUCAGUCUUCCUAAACCCAGAUAUCGAGCACAUCUGAACUUUUAUACCUAUACAUUAUUGAUCACAAUAGUCAGAACUGAUUCAUUGUGGUGUAAAUGUUUAUCUGGACCAACGCAGAGGGAGCUUUUACCUUCGGCUUCAAAAAGGGACAUUCCUGGGACUAACUAGUGCCAUAAGAGAUCAGGACACGCCCCCUGUGACAUCACCAGUGACAUCACCAGUGGCAUCACCAGUGACAUCACCAGUGGCAUCACCAGUGGCAUCACCAGUGACACCACCAGUGACACCACCAGUGACAUCACCAGUGACAUCACCUGUGACAUCACCAGUGACAUCACCUGUGACAUCACCAGUGACAUCACCAGUGACAUCAUCAGUGACAUCACCAGUGACAUCACCAGUGACAUCACCAGUGACAUCACCAACAGGCUUCUGGAGAACUGUUGAAGCCUCUUCGUCCUGUUCCUGCCCAGCGCCACACGGACGUUUGACGUUUGCUCACGUUUUCAAGACUGUUUCCUGUUUCCACCUCUUUCAGCAGAUUCCCCCCAAAUACACACAAAUACACACAAACACACACAAACACACUUGAAACAAGGACUUGUUGUUUCUGAUGAGCACAAACUCACUUCUGUCUUUGCCAUCGCAGUUUUCUGUCUGAUCCAGAUGAUUCACUCGCCUUUUCCUCCUCCAGCCACCGGGGGGCUCCAGAUACAAAACCAGCAAAAUAAUAUUAGUAGAGAAAUAAACAUUUACAACAACAUAAAUAAGAACAUUUGAGAAGUUCAUGGAGAAGAACUGGAACUAUGAGUCGGUUAAACGGGUUUCUGCCACAUUUGUGCUGUUUUUGUGAAGUUUUCUCCUUUUCUGCGACGCUCAGCCUCACAAAAGUGAAUAAUUCUGACUUUAUUUUCUUGUAAACUUGAAAAUUUAUCAAAAUUCAAACUUUAUGAGAAUUCCUUUACAAAUGAAUGAGUUAAAGAAGACAGAAAUUGAAAUUUUCUUCUUAAGAAGUGUUUGAGUUAGGUAUUUAUUUUCUUUAUAAAUCCCUCGAGGGGAAAAUGUAUUUAUUUAUUAUGAGGUCAGAACUUUUUUCUUGCAAAUUCGUGACUUUGUAGUCAAAAGAGUUUUAAUAUUUGUUUGUAUUUUUUAUUUAUUUGUUUUUACAAAAUUGUGACUGAAGUCAGAAAUUCUGUUUUUGUUGUUGAUUUUCACAUAUAGCAAGUAAGAAAAUGUAAUUUAUUGAAUAUUCAAAUCUAUAUAUGAACCCAAACCUUCAGACUCAAAAGAAUUUUUGAAAAUUGUAUUUCUUUCUUAACAUUUUGGGAGUUCAUAAAGUCGGACCUUUUGACUCUUUUUCAUGGAGUUUAAUCCAGCAGAACUUUGAAAUACUGCGUGAUGCGAGGCUGAAUGAGCUGGGAUUAUUACUGAUUAUUACUGGACCUUCAGACACAAAUCUGGUUCUUUUUAGAGAUUAAAGCAUCACCAGGAUCCUCUUAGAGGGGAUUAAACCCCGCCACCCCCCAAGAACCAGUUCCAAGAACCUGUUCCCAUCACACUUUUCUGCUGUUCUGGACCACGAGGAGAACCGGGAACCGGGAACCAGAACCGGAACCGGAACCGGAACCGGGAACCAGGUCACCCACGGCCCCAUCGGCCCCGUCGGUUCCUCCCACGUUCAUCUCACUUCUGUGUCGUUUUUAACUCUGUAUAAAUGUAUAUUUGAUGGUAAACCUGUGAAUGAUGUUUUAAGUUUAGCUGUUUGUAAAACCCUAUUUUUUCUUUUUUGUAAAAAAAAGAAAAACAAAACAAAAACAGAAGUCAAAUAAAGUCGACACAUCAAA